UUUUUCCUAUUUACAUUCAUAAUUUUGGAUUUUCCUCUCCCUAUCAUUCUGCUCUAUUCAAAAUUUAUGAUUUUCUAUAUGAGUUUUUACUUAUACAACUGGGGUGAGGGGAUUUUGUGGGGAAGAGAUGAAAUAGGAACUUCAUUUAAAAUCUCCAUAGAUGUCACGGACCUUUACAUCUGGAAAAAGUAAUGGUAUACACCCAGCUUCUCCAUAAAAAAUAUAUAAAAUGUGAGCAUGGUAAGUACCAUAGAAGGAAAUGAUUAUAUGUUUAUCAGCCAUAUUAAAAUUAGACCAUCGAAACGUUACACGUAAUCAGGAAAAUUGUAAAUCUUCAGGCUGCAAUAUUCUCCAGUUUUUUCAGACUGAUCUUUUUCUUGAUGCUGUAAUGUUUUACCUUACCCUUCAAGCACUUAAGGUUGUUCAUUUGUUACCUUUUUCAGAAAGAGUAAUCUUCCAAUGCUUCCUUUGCUUCUCACUUCAUGCUUUCAAUUAAUUUUCCUUGAUUCUUUUUAAUUUAGAGAAGCUUACUUUUGGAUUUUAUGGCAUAUGUUGCUUCUUGAAAUGAUAUUUCUUGUUGCUUCUUCAUGAAAUUUGGAGUAAUACAAAAAGUGUCGAAACAUAUAGAAGUGGAUUGCCAUUUUGUGAGAUCAAAACUCCAAGAAGGACUUGUUACACUGCAUCAUAUUGAUACUACUGAUCAGUUGGCAGAUGUGCUUACCAAAGCACUUACUGGGAUUAAGCAUUCUACGCUUAUGGACAAAUUGGUUUCGAUCACCUCUGCUCCAAUUUGAGGGGGGGUAUUGAGGUUAAAUUAGUAAUUACACUUAGCUGUUAGUGUAGCUAGUUAGUUAUCAUGUUUAAUUAGUUAGUUAGGGUCAGAAAGUUAGUUUACGUUUUUCUGUUUUUGUUGGUUAUAUAACCACCGUGCAGUUUUUCAGUUUUGGCAUUCAAUGAAAAUUACACACACGUUUUCAAUGCUUCUUCUAAUCAAGCCUUCAUCCAUGGAGGUUUUCAGCUUCCUUGAACUUUGACAUGGUAUCAGAGCAGGAACGUUUCUGAUUUUCUUGCUUCUUUCUUCUUCAAUCUGCGCAUCAGAUCUUCACAUUUCAUCUUCAGCAAAUUUUCGAAUUUUUCCUUUGAGACAUAAAUGGCAAAUUCUGCCUCUACGAGCACUGGAUCAGACAGUGUUCCUCCAUCUGGGAUUGAUGCAGGGAGUCACUUCUACAUUCAUCCCUCAGAUAAUCCUGGAGCAGUACUUGUACCAAUUCCUUUCAAUGGUACUGGUUUUCAUUCAUGGCGCCGUAGUGUACUUCGUUCCUUGUCAGUGAAGAACAAGCUAGUGUUCAUCAAUGGUGAGUGUAAGAGACCAGAGGUGAAUCAUUCCAGUUAUCGUCAAUGGGUGAGGUGUGAUGAUAUGGUCACUUCACAGAUUCUCAAUUCUCUAGAUCGAGAUAUUGCUGGUAGUGUUGAGUAUGUCAAUGAUGCUUUGGAAUUGUGGACAGAACUGGAGGAUCGAUAUGAUCAGGCAAAUGGAGCAAAAUUGUACCAAACUCAGAAGGAGAUAAAUGACCUUAAUCAAGGUAUUCUCGACAUCACAACGUAUUACACUCGUAUGAAGAGACUUUGGGAGGAAUUAAACAGUUUAUGUGUUUCAAGUCAGUGUAGCUGUGUGUGUGUGUGUGGAGCUAAAGCCAAUGUUCAGAAGGCAGAGCAAGACAGACGUUUGAUUCAAUUUCUGAUGGGUUUGAAUGUGGUAUACACUACGAUUAGGGGAAGUAUUUUGAUGAUGAAUCCCUUACCAUCCUUAGCACAAGCCUUUGCCUUACUGGUACAAGAGGAAAAACAACGAGAGUUUAAGCCAAAUAAUCAAAUGUUUACUGAGAAUAGUUCUCUAGCUGCAGUUUCAUCAAGUUCAGGAGGUAGGAGUUUUCAAACAAAUUAUUCUACCUCUAACACAACACCAAGAGGAAGGCCUUUUUGUGAUUUUUGUAGAAGGCCAGGACAUGUUAGAGCAAAGUGUUACAAGUUGCAUGGCUAUCCAUCUAAUGACACAAAUGGUUCUGUUCGUGAUCAGCACAAUCCAAGGCAUAACAAUAAAGGAAGAGGUGCAUCAGCAAACUCUGUAAGACUAUCUUGUGAUGGAAAUGCUAGUGGGCAGACAAAGGAAUCAAGUUCAACCUCUUGUAAUGAUCAUCCUCAAGGAGAUGAGAAUAUCAGUAUCACCAAGGAGCAAUAUGAUCAAGUUUCUCAUCUGCUGAAUCAGUUUCAAAAUGAUGGAGUAUGUGGAUCUGUGAACUAUGCAGGUCCUCUUCAUGGGAUUCCUUAUGGUCUGAAGGACAUCAUAGCAGUACCUAACUAUACCACAACAUGGGGUUCAACAUCUUUUAAAGACCAAGUUCUUGAUAUUGAAGCUUGGGUUUAUAAAAGGCUGAAAUCUGCCGGGGCAGUUCUUGUUGCAAAGUUAGUAACUGGUUCUUUAGCAUAUGAUGAUAUCUGGUUUGGUGGUAGAACAAGAAACCCGUGGAAUAUCGAGGAAUAUUCUACGGGAUCAUCAGCAGGUCCUGCUUCUUGCACCUCAGCAGGUUUGGUUCCAUUUGCAAUUGGUUCAGAAACUUGCGGCUCUAUUACCUAUCCAGCUUCCCGCUGUGGCGUGACGGCACUGCGGCCCACUUUUGGAGCUGUUGGUCGAACGGGUAUUAUGAGCAUAGCUGAAAGCUUGGAUAAAAUAGGCCCUUUUUGUAGAAACUCUGUGGAUUGUGUGAUUAUUCUGGAUGCCAUUCGGGGAAAGGACCCAGAUGAUGUUUCAUCUAGAGACAUAUCCUUUAGAGAUCCAUUCUCAGUUGAUAUCACAAAGCUCACUGUUGGAUAUCUUGAGGAUGCUGAGAUGGAAGUCGUUCACGUACUUCAAUCAAAAGGAGUAAAUAUGGUCCCGUUUAACCUGAGUUACACUGUUGAUUCUGUCCAAGGUGUCCUCAAUUUCACAAUGGAUGUUGAGAUGCUGGCUCACUUUGACAAAUGGCAGCGCUCAAAUCUGGAUGAUGAAUAUGAAGCCCAAGAUCAAUGGCCUACUGAACUUCGCCGAGCACGUGCCAUAUCUGCAGUUGACUAUUUUCAGGCACAAAGAGCUAGAGGUAUAUUGAUUCAGCAAGUAAGAGAAAAUUUCAGCGUUGAUGCAUUUAUUGGAAAUGCAACUGACUGGGAGAAAGUUUGUGUUGGCAAUCUUGUGGGUAUUCCAGUAGUAAUUGUUCCAACAGGAUUCAAAAAGAUAUCUGAUGCACCAUCAAAUGAUAUUCGCCGAAGAACAACAAUAACUACAGGCAUAUAUGCUCCUCCGGACCGUGAUCAUAUCGCCUUAGCUUUAGCAAUUGCUUAUCAAUCAGUUACCAAUCAUCAUAAGCAGCGGCCACCAAUUGAUGACCUUGGGCCAAAUGAUCCUAUUCCAGAAUUACCAAAAUCCCUGUAGUGGUAUUGAAUGUUGUUCAUGCUCACAAGUGCUUGAUAUGAACCUCCAUGUGCUUGAGCCUGGUGUGAUUCAGACCACCGUUUGUAGCUGCUAAAACUAUGGAAGUAUGAAUCUCAGCUUUUCUGUUCGGGCCAUGAGGAACUAAAAUUCUGUUUACUUCUGUCACUGUUUUAUAGUGCUAAUUCUGUGAAAUUUCUUAUUACUUUUGAUCUGUAAAUGAUUUAACUUUGUAUUAAGUGGAUUAUUUAUCCAAUAAGAAGAGUAACACUUCUACUGAGACUUUAAAGUUCUUUUUUCCUUGAU